ACCAACACCAUCGCUCAUUCACAUUCAUGACAGGAGCUAAAAAGUGGGCACCUUGCUUUGAUGACAUCUGAAGCCUUGUUGUUGAACCCUGGGCUGAAGUGAACCUUUUAAAUGGAGACGAAUCAGAGCAGAGCAAUCAAAUAACAACGUAGGAAAGGUUUCAGCAGGGAUGCCCGCUAAGCCUGCCACAUUCACCUUCGUGCCUCAGGUGCACAAGCUACCAAAGAAAAGCAUUCUUGCCAAGGAUGAGAGAUCAGCAGGUCUGAAAGGAAAAUCAGAUAAGAGCAUAGCUGCGUCCCAGGAGAGGACAACCAGAGAGACCAUGUCAGAGGAGGACCUUUUCAAAGCGGAGAUUGUCUUUAUCAAGGACUUUUUGGAGAGAGGAGAACGAAACAUGGUCCAGCUGGAGGCCAAACCCCACUUCAGUCCUUCACAGGAUCACCAGAGCCUCCCUCGAACCAAGGCGCCUCCUUCAGUCGGUGCCCCGUCUGAAAAUACCCCCGGCCAUGAGGCCACGGCGGCAGUCUCUAUGGAAACAGUUGUUGAUAAAUGCAGAGGCAGUCUCUGGCGGCGGCGCCACGAUAUCUCUGGACAUUCUGAACAUAGCUCGGGCUGCUCUCCAAACACGGUGUCUGGGGCAGAAGACAGAGCAAGCCCCGCAAACUCUCCGGACCUCUUCCCGACCCCGUCCUCCUCCAGGGAGUCCAUCCUGUGGGACGGUUUGGACAAAGAGCGGAGCUGGUGCGCCACGCAGCCGUCCUCCGUGGCUUCUCCUGCCUCGUUUAGCAGAACCGUCUCCCAGUGCUCCUCCAUCCGCUCUGGAGUCUUCUCCCCUUCUGUGGUUCAGAUCAGGAGGCACGUUCUCGCUCCUGGCUCUAGCCUGAUUCAGACCACUCAGAGCUGUUUCUCCUCCUGUGACAGCCUGUCUUCCUCCACGUGUUCGCAGACCCGCCCUCCGCGGCACCGGCCCCCUCUCACCCGGCUCUCUCUGCUCACUGCCAUCCUGAGGAAAGGCCGUCUUCCUGUGCUGUCUCCCGCGCUGCAGAGGCCUUACACCCCCUGCUGGCCCAUUAACCCCGUGACUCUGUCCGUCUGCAAUGCCUGCUCGGCUGCCUCCAGCGUGGCCUCCAUUCCCCUGGAGAGCUCCUCUCGGUUCUCCUCGUCCACCUCCGUAGACAGUCAAAACCCUGUUUGCAAGGAGCCCCCCAGCAGGUUCCCCAGCGCCCCUCCGAAGGCGGAAUCCGGCAAACGCCACGUCAAGUGCUCUGAGACUCAGGGGACGGGUGGCGAGCUUAGAAAGGCGCAGGUGAUUUCACCUCCGCAGGCGAGGAGCAACGCACUCCCUGAAACGUCCCCGCCUCUCUUCCCGAAUUUGAAAUUCGUCUCCGCGCCGCAGCGUGAAAAACCUGCCGCGGCGGCCACAACAAACAGCUUUAUUUCCAAGCUGCAUGAGCCGAGGCCCGCCAUGCCCCUCAAGGACAAUGCAAAUAAUAACUUCAAACACCCCGCGUCCCCGACCUCUACAUUUAUUAAGGAGCCUGAGACCUCUGAGCCCAGGAAAUGGCCUUCCCAACCAAAUUCAUCUCUUUCAAGGCUCCAAAUGCUGUCUCAGCAGCUGAGAUCUACGCCUGUGUUCCCCCCUCAUCUGCGGCCUUCUCUGCCACACAAAGCACCUUCAAACGCAGGUUCCCCCCUCUCUCAUUUACAACGCACCCCAAAGAUCGGAGGACACGACUCCGAGGGGAGCUGCCCCUCUUCCAGGGGAUCCACCCCCACUCAGGCGUUUCAGAAAGCCCGCAGCCUGUCGCCUUCGUGCUACUCUACCGUAGCUUUCCCCGCAUGGUCGUCCCCCGCCGCUACACCCACGCCUACACCCUCUCCUGCCCCGCCAAUCAGAGACCUCACUUCUUCUCCUUCCCUGUCCCUCUGCUCCACGCCCUCUCCAAGGCCGGGGAGCGGAAUUUCAGACUGCAGUGGCGGGGAGGGUAAAAAGAGAAAGCAGGCACACAAGAUUAAGUCAAACUACAAACUGCUGGCUGCAAUCCCCACAAACACUAUUCUCUUGGAUCAGCAAGCAAUAGAUGAACAGGUAGAAAGAAAAUUGAAUCACUGUAGCACCAUGGACGACCCUCUUAUAGACACCCACGAAGAGAUGUGCUCCCCCGCUGAGCUCCGGCAAAAGUCAGAGGAGCUUUACGCAGUUAUCGAUGAGAUAUUGGCGAGUUCCAGUCCACCGAAGAGCUCGAAGUCAUCGACUAAGAAACAACGUUUUCAGCACAACCCUUCAUUUUCAAAGUCCUUGGGGCGUGAAACUAAAUAUGCAUCUUUGUGCAGCUUGCACCCAUCUGCCAAUAAGGAGAGAAAACUGACGGAUAUUGAAAAGACAAAACAUGGUGGGGUUCGCCCGAUGACGGCUAUUCCAAGACUGAACGAGGAGGUCAGAGAGCGGUUUAAAUCAAUUUCCUUGAGGAAGUAUUUUAAGCAGCCCAAGCAUGACAGGGAAAAGAUGGAAAAUAACAGACUUGAAGUGGCGCAGACAGAUUCGUCCGUGGGCUCUAAAGGAAAACUGGUGGAGGAUAAGACGACGGCUGAGAGGAGAGGUCUGUUCUCGGAUUGUGAGCUGCACAUUAAAGAGCUUGAUGAGCAGCCCUGUCCGACCGGAAAAGAAGCAGGAAUAUCUUUCGGCACCGCUGACAGGAACAUGGAAGUGUUUAAAGCUUGGAUGUAGAGCAUUGCAUUCAAUUGUUUCUUAUCUGUAAUUGGCUACCAGCCAAGUCAGACUAUCACAGCUAAGUAUGAAGAAGCUGAUUUUCACCUUGUCAGAGCAGAUAAAUUAAUGUUUCUGCAUGACUGCGAACAGUUGCACCCAGUUAAUGUAAAAAAAAAAAAAAAAAGAGAUAAUACAACCGCCAUAAAUUGAAGGCUUCACACGUGAUAAGAUGAACCACUCAAAAUUCUUUGUAAUCUUUUAAACAAUAAGUCCUUUACUACAGAAUAAAGCUGCUGUCUAUUGGU